AUGUCGGCCCUCAGAUCGGGCUCUUCCCUGCGGACUCUGGUCCUGACCCCGGAGCGCAUCCCGAGCUUCUUCAUCCCCCCCCGGAGUCCCCGGCCCAGGAGUCCCCGGCUCGUCUCCCCGCGGCUGCUCCGGAGCUCCCCGGACCGGUACAGACUCCUGUCGGACCCCGACGAGGAGGACGGGCCGGGGCCGGGGGCGACCUCUGCGACCUCGGCCAGUCGCCCCGAGGCCUCUACGCGGUUCUUCCUGGCGGCUCCGCGGCUCGGCCAUUCUCACCAGCAUCAGCAUCGCCCUGCUGCUGCUGAUGAUGCUGAAUUAAAUUCAGUCAAAGCUAAGUCACACGAACCAAAGGGGAAGAUGCCACGCCGCCUCCGUGGCGUGUUGUCCAAGAACCUGCUUCAUCACAACAAAGCCGUGAAAGUCACUGUGACGGACGCAGACACGCCGGAGCCAGAGUCUUCCCCGGCCCCGGGUCUGGGUCCGGAAAGGUCCCGGGGGCCGGAGUCGUCUCCCCCGGGUCCGGGAAGGUCCCUGGACGCGCUGCGACCUGUUAAAGCUUUCGGCCUCCAGGUGAAGAAGGAGCUGAGGAAACCUGCAGCUGCUCUCAAAUCGCUAAGUGCGGCACGUCGUGUGACUGGCCCCCGAUAGACCGACAUUGGGUUGAGAA